AUGACGGGCAAGGCGGGCGCCGCGCUGGCCCCGAGCCUGCCCGGGAAGCCCAAGCCCGACGGCGCGGCCGCCGCCGCCCCCGCCCCGCCGCCCCCGCCGCCGCCCCCCGCGGCCGGGGCCAAGCCCGGCUCCGGGCCCACCCCUCCUCGCUGCACCGGCUUCGGCAUCCAGGAGAUUCUGGGCUUGAACAAGGAGCCGCCGUCGCACCCCCGGGCCGCCCUGGACUCGCUGCCCGCCGGGCACCUGCUGGCGGCGCGCUCCGUGCUCAGCCCCGCCGGGGUGGGCGGCGUGGGCAUGGGGCUGCUGGGCGCCGGCGGCAUCCCCGGCUUCUACGCGCAGCCCACCUUCCUGGAGGUGCUCUCCGACCCGCAGAGCGUCCACCUGCAGCCCCUGGCGCGGGCCCCCGGGCAGCUGGACGGCAGCCAGACGGCCAGCUCAGAUUCCGAGGAUGUCUCUUCCAGCGACCGCAAAAUGUCCAAAUCUUCCCUAAACCAGAGCAAGAAACGAAAGAAGAGGCGGCACAGGACAAUCUUCACAUCCUACCAACUGGAGGAGCUGGAAAAGGCCUUCAAUGAGGCCCACUAUCCUGACGUAUAUGCUAGAGAGAUGCUGGCCAUGAAAACAGAGUUGCCAGAAGACAGGAUACAGGUUUGGUUCCAGAACCGUCGGGCCAAAUGGCGGAAGAGGGAGAAGUGCUGGGGCAGGAGCAGCGUGAUGGCUGAGUAUGGGCUCUAUGGUGCCAUGGUGCGUCACUCCAUCCCACUGCCAGAGUCCAUCCUCAAGUCUGCCAAGGACGGCAUCAUGGAGUCCUGCGCCCCUUGGCUCCUGGUUCAAGAUGGCUUUCCCAUGCCCAGGCGCUUUUCUAAACCCGAAUACCAACAAUUCUUUUUAGGGAUGCACAAAAAGUCUCUGGAGGCAGCGGCUGAGGCGGGGAGGAAGACAGAGGUGGAACGCCAGGCCCUGCCCAAGCUUGACAAGGGUGACAAGGAGGAGAGGGGCGCGGAUCCCAAAACCACCAUUUCCCAAGAGGAACUGAGAGAAAACAGCAUUGCCGCCCUCAGGGCCAAAGCUCAGGAGCACAGCACCAAAGUCCUGGGGACCAUCGCUGGGGACACCCCAGCCCCAGGCAGGAGGACGGAGGCAGGGGAGGAGGUGGCCGCCGUGGAGGAUGAGAGACAGAUGGAGAAGUCGAACUCAUCGCAGAAGGAGGAAAAGCUGAUCUAGGGAGAGAAGAGGCGGCAGAAGCCAGCCCCAACAGACACUGUGUCCUCUGGGGGUUGCAGCCCCCCUCGGACCACCGGGCCCCCCUGGCAACCCUUGCCCAGGGAGCAGGACCCUGGUCUCUGCAUUUGGGGUUGCUUGGCAGGGUGCUCCCCUGCCUGCUCCCCUCGAGCAUACCCCCGCCCCUCGCUCCUCUGCCCCGCCGGACCUUCCUCAGCCCCCACCCCUUCCUUUUGGGGGACCAGGAGUGUUCCAUCAUCAUCGCCACCCAAGAGGACACCAAGGCUUUGGGUCCCUCUGGCCUCACAAGCAGCUCUGGGGCUCUGUCCUCCUGCUCCAGCCCCAGACCCCAUCUGCCAUCUCAGAGAGAGUCUGUCCCCUGCUGCCAUGACCCUCCUUGGUGUAUGUCACUCCCUAGUGCUUCCCGGGCCCCUUCCCUUGGUGACCUGUCCUGCCAUACCUCAGGCAGACCCGCUGCCUUCCCGGGGCCAUCACCUCUGCCUCUGGCCCAGGCUGCAGUGAGACAAGCCCAUGGCAGUGUUUGUGUGAUAUGACGGCUCGGCUCUCCGUCCAGGGUAGUUUGCACCUUCUACCCAACUUUUCCCUCCCAGCACUGAGGUCUGCCAGGAAGGGGCUGCAGCUUUGGGGUGGUUGAGUUUUGCCUCUAUUCAGCAGGGAGAGGCAGGUUUAGCCCGUAGGUGUAACACCUUGGUCCCACCUGGCACCUCGAGGUGACCCCAGCCUAUGCUGCUGGCUCCCGCAGGGCUGGCCACCACAGCCAAAUGGGACUACCCCAAACACCAAAGCCCAUGGAGCCUCCUGCACCCCUGUGGAGGGGCUGAACAGUGAAUUUAUUUACUGAAUACAUUAUUCCAGGUGAAAAAAACCCAACAUCUACCCAGUGUAUUUAUUGAAUUCAGUUUGUCCAGCUCACCCUCUGAGUGUUAAAGGGAACGACAGCCAUGCAGAUCCACCCCAGUGCAUCCCAUAAUGUGUAUAUACACCUCCCAGCUGGCCCCACACGAGCACAUGCAGACCCACACAGUCAAACCUGCUCCGUGGUACCAUCACCUUCCCAUCCUUGUAGGACAGUGACUUCCAGGCAACCCCUUCUGUCCUGCUUUCAGCUGUGAGCACCCUUUCCCCAGAGCUCUGUUUUAAUUCCAUCACAGGUUAAGCCCCUCCAUCCAGCCCUUGUUUGUCUUUGUCCCCUGAUCGUUUGACGUGUUAGAUGAUAGCCCAUGGUGUGUAAAUAAUGUAUAUACAGUGAGAAAAGAAUUCAGUAUUGAGGUGUUUGAGAUAUGGAGCUGUAACAACUUCUAGUAAUCCAGCAUCUGUGAUUUAUGUGCCAUUUUCUGUAAAGAGAUGAACAAGAAUAAAACUAAACAGGAAUACUGUG